AAGUAUAAAUGUUCAAAAUACAGAAGCCUUGGUGACAAAUGCACAAACAAAGUGUUAUCUUUAUCUAUAAAUAAUUGUCGCCUGUUAAAUAGCCUCGCCUCAUUCAAGUUUGAUUCAUAUUUGUCAAAGUCAAAGUCAAAGUCAGUAACAAUCCACUUAAUUAAACAUCAAUAAUUCGACGCAAUUUUUAUGAAAAAAUUAAUUGCAUUCUUCAAUCUCUGUCAGAAGUGAAUUUGUCUGCGCUGUGUUUAUAAUUUGAGUGAAAGAAAUCAUCAAAAAAAAUUCUAAAUAAUGAGUGGAAUCGAUGUUAUUAUUGAUGAAGCAACCCCAGUCAAUGCAACGUUUGCCGCAAAAUAUAAACGAAGUGCCGCAUAUCAAGUAUUUACGGAGAAUUUGCCAAACCUUUUAACAAAAUUGAUUGAUCGAUUAGCUCACGAUAAAGAUGAAAUAGCCAAAAUCUUCAGUGGAGAGCAAACGAAAGCCGAUAUUGAGGAAGCUAUUGCCAAUAUUUUGCAGCUUAAACAUGAAUUACUAACUGACAAACAGCUAACACCGUUGGAUGAUGAUGAGGUUGAUAAUGAUGUUUGGAACACGUUCAUUGGGCAGCUUGGCGAAAAUAAUACUUAUUUUACCACCAGAUGGAUUUACGCUUAUUGCUAUGUAUAUCGUCGCUUGAAGUCGAUUUUCGGAAAAACUAGCACCUUGAAGAGUUAUGAUUAUUUCCAAAAACAAAAGGACAGUGCAUUCGAUACGUCGAUGAAUGCGAUCUCUACAGUGAUUGAACAAACGGCCGAAUUCUAUUCUAAACAUGCAACAUCUGAUGAAUCCUCAAUAAAUGAGCUUGAACGAUUUUUCUACAAAUUGUUGCGGGUGAAUUUAUGGAGUAAUCGAGACGAUUUAACAUUAAUAAGUAGCAUUGGGGAGAAGAAAUCGAGUAAUCCAUUUGUUGAUAUAGAAUCGUUUGAAUCAUAUUUACUAGUCGAUCGAUCGCGUGACAUUUGGAAUUGUUUGCAGUCCGGUCCAAAAUCAUGUGCCAUCGACGUUGUCAUGGAUAAUGCUGGCUAUGAAUUGUUUACCGAUUUCUUGCUCGCCGAUUUCGUUCUGUACUACAAUCUCGCGAAUAAAGUUCGAUUCCAUUGUAAGGCCAUUCCAUGGUUUGUAUCAGACGUGACAUACCGUGACUUCCAUUGGACCAUCAGACAAUUCGCUGAAAGCAAUGUACCGGCUAUACAAGCGUUUGGACAACGAUUGCAACAACAUGUGGCAACAAAUCGAAUCGAACUCAGGUGGACGACUCACUUUUGGUCAAGCCCGUAUGAAUUUCAAGCGAUGCCAACCAUUGCACCAAAAUUGUAUGCUCUGCUUGAAACGAGCCACAUGGUCAUAAUCAAAGGUGACCUAAAUUAUCGUAAACUUUUUGCAGACAAAAAUUGGCCGUAUGACUCGCGUUUCACUGAAGUGCUCGGCGCUUUUCGUCCAACGAAUGUUUGCUCAUUACGAACGACUAAAGUUGAAUUGAUUUGUGAGCUAUCCGAAGAAAAAGCGAAGAAAUUGUUCGAAUCGGACGAAAUGUGGAUGUUAACGGGUGAAUACGGAGUCAUUCAAUUUGCGCCGAAACCUCAGUAAAAUGCCAUAUGAAAUGUUGGGCUAGUAUUUUGCGGUGUUUGAUUUUUAUAAUAGCACUUUCAAAGUUACCGUGAUUUGUUAGCAAUUGUAAUUGUAAAGGAGGAUACAAAUAAAAAUACAUUUUUAAAAUGACCGAACUUCUACUUUCA